CGGGCGGAAGUCUUGAGUUUGUACCGCGAGUGUUUGCGGACGGCGCGGCAUUUUCACUGGGCCGAUCCCGACACCGGGCAACCCUGGAACGCCCGACUCCGGGACGCCGCCCGCCAGGAAUUUCAACAAGCCCGCAACGAGACGGAUCCUCUCGUUAUUGCGAGACUCCUCGUGACCGGGAGAGACUGUGUACAGCAAGUGCAG